UCAUAUUGCUCAUUUACCUCUUAGGUCCGAGGACGGACCUAUAAUUUGUAUGGAAACCACAUCAUUUUGAAAGAACAAGCUUGUUGUAUCCAAGAUGGCUAUUUUCUUUGAUCAUCGAGUUCAGUCAGGCUCAACUAGCCAUGUAGAUAUAUCAUGGCAUAAUGAACAACCUUUACUUGCUAUUGCAAUGAGAGGCCAGCAAGGCGGAGGUGUCAUCAACAUUUUCAAUGAAGAGGGUCAAGCCCUUCCAGCAGCUAAUCUUCAACGUUCUUGCUACUCCACCUCAUUGGCCUGGCAUCCUACCCAUCCUUCAGUGGCUGUAGGAUGGGAGAGUGGAGAGAUUCUAAUCUGGAAUGAGCAAGAUCAGCAGCUUCAGGAAGCCACCAAACUUCACAAGGCUCAGGUCUGCUUGCUUCAAUGGAGUGUCAAGGGUCAACGUUUAUUAUCAGGAGAUAAGGAAGGAACAUUGAUCAUGUGGAAGAGUGACGGAAAAGGUCAUCUGACUAGUAAUCCCAUCAGUCAAUUACCAUCUCAACAGACGCCAACUCAAUGUUUAUUUCCCUAUGGUGGACCAAAACAGGAUGAUGAUCGGAGUGCCCCAUGGAGCUCAAAUUUGUACAAAGGUUCUUCCAGUCUGUUAGCGGAUGGCAAUGCUUGCUUUGUAGGAGGAGAGGAAGGUCACAUUGUCUUCAUGGAUGACAAGGGCAACAUGUCCCAGGCUGUAUCUGUAGACGGCCCAGUCAAGAAAUUGCUGUAUAAUAGCCAUCGGAAUGUCAUGGUGGUUGUCACUAAGUCAAUGGCUCUGUCUCAAUACAGUGUUUCACAAGAUGGAAAGCUGACAGAAAUGAUGAAGGUGAAGUUAAGUGGUAAACCUAACGAUAGUGACUGUGACAUGGUUUGGGCUGGUAAGGGUCUUCUAGCAACAGCAUCUGGAGAAUCAUUAGUCAGGAUGUGGGAUCUUGAUAAGGAUGAUAACUAUGUUCUAGCUCUGGAUAAGAAUAUCGGCUUUGAGAUGGGGGAAAAUAUCACGUGUGUUGCAUACUCUUCAAAAAAGGGUUUAUUGGCUGGAGGUACAGACAAGGGUCGCGUAGCUAUGUGGCGCUACUCACCUGUUCCCGGUGUCUUAGGGCGUAGACAGGAAGGAGAAACCAAAUGGAAACUUCAGGCCCCUUGUAACCUAGAAGGUCAGCUUGGUCAGAUCAAAUGGGGUUCUAGGAGGGAUCUACUAGCUACUAAUAGCUUCAGUGGAGUAGUUAUUCUCAAUGAACACAUCAUGAGUGCUAGUAUGAAAGAUCAGGUUGCUGUAGUCCAAGCUGGACCUAGUUCUGUUUCUCUAGAUGUCUUCGUGAAUGGCUCUCAUCAUGACAUUAAGACUGACAUACAUAUCAAGGGAAUAUGCAACACUAAGGACCAUGUUGCUGUAUGGAAUGGCAAGCAAGCUGUAGUCUAUGAGAUUAGUCAAACCAUCAGGGCAACAGGUACUUUCUCGACUGACUCUAAGAUGGUUCGUAUUCAUGAGCAGAAUGCGUACACCACAGAACCAGGAAAAAUACAAGUCAGAACUUUCCAGGGCACUGUAAAGCAACUCAUCUCCAUGAAUGAGAAUGAAGGAGAGCCCUGUACAAUGGAAAUUAUGGGUAAUUACCUGGUUGUUGGAACAUCAGGAGGGUUUGUGAAGAUGUAUGAUGUAUCAAGGAGGGAAGCUAAGCCGCACAAUGCUCCUAAGAACCUAAUGGAUGUGAUACCUGGUAUGGGGAGCAUUCUUAUGGCUAAGACCAACUGUAACGGUACAAAGCUUGCUAUCAUCGUCUCAAAGAGUGAUGGUACUACUGACCCCAAACUGUACGUAUGGGACCCUGAUCUAGACACGUUAGGUUUCUUUGAUCUCAAGACAGGACAUGGUGAUCAAGAGGAUGAACCUCUUAGUAAAGAUGAUGAUAUCACUGAUGCUGAAAGGGGUCGUGAGGAAGCAGCCCAGGAUGUAGCUGGUCGUUAUCCAAUCAAUAUCUUCUGGGAUACCCAUGAAUCUAAGCUUUUGGUUUGUGAAGCAAAACUAUCCCAUCAGGAAGAGACUACUACACCUAAGAAAACUACAUCUCUACUGAGUACAAUCGUCAAUACACAGCCUGAGAUGAUGGUAGUAUCUCUGUUUACAACCUUGGAGCAUGGUGUGGUCCUACAGGAUAGUUUUGGUCAUGUCCAGGGGACUCUACUUGGAGUUGAAGUACCAUACUUCUACUUCAUCAAGAAGGCUGGGGAUGGGAAAACAAAGAAAGGAGUUUUCCCUGGUGAGAAGAUGGAUGAUCCUGGUCCUAUAUCAUCAUCAUCUCUGAUUGCUAGACAAGUGAUGAGAAACUUUGCUGGUUUAGAGGAUGGUGAUAAGAGUGCUAGAGAUGCUAUGAUGAACUUCAGUUAUUACCUCACUAUUGGUAAUAUGGAUGAAGCAUUCAAAGCCAUUAAACUUAUCAAGAGUGAGUCAGUAUGGGAGAACAUGGCUAAGAUGUGCGUGAAGACUAGAAGGUUGGAUGUAGCCCGGGUGUGUCUUGGUAACAUGGGACAUGCUCGAGGAGCUAGAGCUUUAAGAGAAGCUGAGAAUGAGCCAGAGCUUGAUGCAAGGGUUGCUAUGCUUGCUGUUCAACUUGGUCUGUUGGAUGAUGCUGAGAGACUGUACAAGAACUGUGGGCGUUAUGAUCUUCUUAAUGCAUUCUACCAAGCUAGUGGACAGUGGGGAAAGGCUAUGGAGACUGCCGAACUGAAUGAUCGUAUUCAUUUACGAACCACCUACUAUCACUACGCUAAACAUCUAGAAGCAAAGGGUGACAUCAAUGGAGCUAUUCCAAACUAUGAGAAAUCUGAUACACAUCGGUUUGAGGUUCCAAGAAUGCUGUUUGAUGAGCCUCAGGCUUUAGAAGCGUAUAUUAUGAAGACAAAAGACAGAGCAUUGAGGAAAUGGUGGGCCCAGUACAUGGAGAGUACAGGAGAGAUGGAGACAGCUCUACAGUUCUAUGAAGCAGCUCAGGAUUACCUAUCUCUAGUCAGGGUCUACUGUUACUGUGGUAACAUUGACAAGGCUGCUGAGAUUGCUAAUGAAACGGGUGAUCGAGCAGCUUGUUAUCAUCUAGCUAGACAGCAUGAAAAUCAGCAGGAUAACAUCAAAGAGGCCAUUCAUUUCUUCACUAGAGCUCAAUCAUACAGUCAGGCCAUUAGAUUAUGCAAGGAACAUGACAUGGAAGAUCAACUAAUGAACCUAGCUUUGAUGAGUACGAAGGAAGAUAUGAUAGAAGCAGCUCGUUACUAUGAAAAUAACCGCAAUACUCAUGAUAAAGCUGUCAUGCUUUUCCACAAGGGAGGUCAUUUCUCUAAGGCCCUUGAGCUAGCCUUUGAAAGCCAGCAGUUUGGUGCCUUACAGCUCAUCUCAGAAGACCUUGAUGAAAGAACUGAUCCAGUUCUUCUCAAUCGAUGUGCACAGUUCUUUAUGGAACAUGGACAGUAUGACAAGGCUGUUGAUUUACUUGUUGUAGCUGGAAAGUAUUUUGAGGCAUUAGAGCUCUGUCAGGAUCACAAUGUGAACAUCACAGAACGCUUAGCUGAGAAGAUGACAUUGUCUAAGGAUGAUAGCCAAGGUGAUAUGAGACUCAAACUAUUAGAGAAGGUGGCUGAUCUAUGUUUCCUACAGGGAUCAUAUCACCUAGCAACCAAGAAAUAUACUCAAGCUGGUAACAAGGUCAAGGCCAUGCGAGCACUCCUGAAAUCAGGGGACACUGAAAAAAUAAUCUUCUUUGCUGGUGUGUCGCGUCAGAAAGAGAUCUAUGUCAUGGCUGCUAAUUAUCUUCAAUCCUUGGAUUGGAGGAAAGAUCCUGAGAUCAUGAAGAAUAUUAUUGGUUUCUAUACCAAAGGAAGAGCCCUAGACUCACUGGCUGGCUUCUAUGAUGCUUGUGCACAGGUUGAGAUUGAUGAAUAUCAGAACUAUGACAAAGCCCUUGGAGCUUUGACAGAGGCAUAUAAAUGUCUUAGCAAGGCUAAAGUCAAGAAUCAGACACAGAUUGAAGAGAAACUAGGAGCUCUUAAACAUCGGAUCAGUCUUGUCAAGAAGUUUGUCCAAGCAAGAAGAGCGUAUGAUGAGGAGCCAGAAGAAUCAAUGCGUCAGUGUCAGGUCUUACUUGAAGAAACAGAAUUAGACAGCGCUAUUAGGAUUGGUGAUGUGUAUGGUAUGAUGGUAGAACAUUAUGCUAGACAAGAGAACUAUAAGAAGGCCUAUGCAUUUAUGGAGGAGAUGCGAUCAAGGAUAGCUACUGUCAACAUGGCCUACUACAUCAACAUCCGCACCAUUGAGGCUGUACACAGAGCCCUUGACAUACCCCUUGGGCGUGGCACAGGGGCGGAGAAGAAGGGUGUGGUCAUGGGUGAUGAUCUCGGUCAGGAUGAGGAUGACGGAGAGGAGGUAGAAGAAGAUGUUCAGGAGGAUUAUAACGAGGAUGAGGCUUACUGCUGAUCAUGCCUGUAACCCGUCAAUCACUGACUUUCUGUAUUCCCCAUAGACUUUAUACAGGGACAGCCUGAUUCUCGUAGGUAUUGGGUUAAUCCAUUGACUAUUGAAUUCUGUAUUCCCCAUAGACUUUAUUCAGGAACAGCCUGAUUCUUGUAGGUAUUGGGUUAAUCCAUGGACUACUGAAUUCUGUAUUCCCCAUAGACUUUAUACAGGGACAGCCUGAUUCUCGUAGGUAUUGGGUUAAUCCAUUGACUACUGAAUUCUGUAUUCCCCAUAGACUUUAUACAUAGACAGCCUGAUUCUUGUAGGUAUUGGGUUAAUCCAUUGACUACUGAAUUCUGUAUUCCCCAUAGACUUUAUACAUAGACAGCCUGAUUCUUGUAGGUAUUGGGUUAAUCCAUUGACUACUGAAUUCUGUAUUCCCCAUAGACUUUAUACAGGGACAGCCUUAUUCUUGUAGGUAUUGGGUUAAUCCAUGGACUACUGAAUUCUGUAUUCCCCAUAGACUUUAUACAGGGACAGCCUUAUUCUUGUAGGUAUUGGGUUAAUCCAUUGACUACUAAAUUUUGUAUUCCCCAUAGACAGCCUGAUUCUUGAAUUGAAUUAAUAUCUCAUUGUCAAGUACAUUCAUAUGAAAUAUUUCAUCACACUCUAAAAAUAAUCAAUUGGUAAUUAUUUUUUUGCUACAAUUAAAGAAACAUGUGUUUCAUAUUGACAAUGCCACGUGGGUAAUGUUAUCCAUUGACAACAUUUUUGGAGAUUUAGUCCUUAUUGUCAUUUAAUGUUGAGACAUUUUUAAUUCUCAAUUGAUUUCUUUUGAAAUGUUUGAAAAGUUGCCAACAUGUAUAUAGUGUGAAGCAAAUUGUAAUGUGCUUUGUACACACAAGGUAAAUGAGCUAUAUCAGAUACUCAAUGGAUGACUGGAUAGAUUUUUAAAAUUUUAUUUCAUCCAAACUCUUUCAUUACAAUGAUUUCCAUCUGAGAUCCAUAACAUACUAGUAUUUUACCCAUGGUAAUAAUAAUAAUAAUAGGCAUUUAUAUAGCGCCAUCUAUCUAGAAAUACAUUGUUUAUUAUUAUUACCCCGGCUAAUGUAAUAACAGGGAAUGUAAUGUACUAACAGGGAAAUUGUGCCAUUUUCACAGAAUAAUAAUUACCUGUAACAUUCAUUCUUUUGGAAUAAAACCAGUAUCCUGCUGUGGCAUUCAAACCUUAGCAAAAGUUAAUUGUUCAGAAUAAACAAGGAUCCAAAAACACAUGGUUGACAUGUAACACUGUAUCCACUAGGAGUGACUUUCCUGUGAUGAUAUAUAGGCCCAGUUAUUUCAUUGAUCAUGGUUGCCAAAAUACUAAAUUGAUUAUGGCUACUAUAGCUAUACUGUAAACAUGUAGACAUUGUGGACAGUGUUUUUCACGAUGAAAUCUUCUUGCAUACCUUGAGUUUUAGUACUUUAUGUAAAAAUGACUUUAGAAUUGCAGCAGCUUUAUUAUUGACCUUAAUUCAUAUGAUCAUAAUAUAUCAUUGAAAAGUAUUUGCAUCUAAUAAUCGGUAUUGUCUUUAUAGUGGUCAGCGACAAUUUGAUUCAAAUUCUCCAACCAGUGCUCACUGCUAAACCACACAUAUCUGUCCAAGGCUAUUUCCUCACUCGUUGUCAGUAAUCCAGGUUUUAAACCUGGUAUAGGCCAUGACUAGGAGGUUUGCUGGAAUCAUCUCACACUCAGAGAGAUCACCCUGACCCCUCCCUCCACUUUACUCUAUUCGUUGUAUCAUCCCCCCCCCCCCCUCAACCCAACCCUCUUGCUCUCCUCCAUCACUUUGCUGUUUCCAUGUCAUUUUCAGUUGUCCUCUUCCUCUCUGACCAGCCACUUUGAAAUCAGUGGUAAAGUGAUAAAGAAAAACAUACAAUUUUAACCUACAAACAUGCAAUGGUGGUUUAAGCAAGAUAUAUUUUCUGUUUUACUUUAAGCCCUGAAAAUGACUAGUUUUACAUCAGUCAUGUCCUUGAUUACAAUUGAUUUAAUCAAUUAUAUAUUCAUCAUAUCGUUGAUUAUAAUUGAUUUUAUUAACAAUGAUUAAAAAAUUGUCAGGCUUCAGCUGUUGGUGUAUGCAGUGUAUGAUACAAGAGGGGUUCUAGUUCUGUGUAUCUUCAUUUUCUCCCUGAACACAAAUAAAUUAAAUGUGAUUUUGUAAAAUAAGAAUUCUUUAUGUGAAUAAUCAAUCACCUUGCUUUGUAUUCUGGUGUAUAUAUAUUUUUGUAUUUUUUUGUAGUACUAAAUAUUGUGGAAUAUAUUUGUAAAAAGUUUUCAGAGAUAUUGAUUAAUAUCUGUAUAUUGAAUUUAUUAUUAUUAUAGAUAUGCUGUGAUUAAUUUAUUUGUAGUCUUUUUUGUGUCAUUGCUCAAAGUUUUAGUCAAAGCUUACCAUUUUCUUUUUCCUCUGUCUUUUAAACGUAAUAGGCACAUGUCUGUACAUUAAGUUAUUUGCUUUUCAAAUAGAAGUUAAAACAAAAUAAAUAUGUAACAACUUUGUGUAGUUGUUUUUUAAAUACAUUUAAGUGUAACUUUGAGCAGCACUUGUUAAAGCCAUUAAAUCAAUUGGUACCUGGAAUCACAACUCACAUUGGUACGUAUGGUGACACAAAAUUUCUCUAAUCUAAUGUAAGAUUGAAAUGAUGAUGUUAUCUAAAUAAUUGAGAAAAGUUAAAAGAUUUUGCUAUUUUUUCCAAGAAUGUUGAUGUGUCUCAUUUGGAUUUGACAUCACAAAAUGCAGUUCUCUAAAUGCAUGAUAAUGUCUAAGGACAAGUUCAAUUGUUUACAUUUUAAUCCACCAAUGAUAUAUGAGACUGAAUAUGUUGAUGUUUAGUAUGUACUAAGGGUCAAUGAUCAUUGAGCUCUAUAAUAGAAAAGUGUAAUAUUAUAUAAAUGA